AUGGCCGUGCAAGCGCAGUAUCCCACCAACGCUUUCUCCCCCGAUUUCCGCAACCGAGCUCUGGAUGAUGUACAAAUGAUGCAAGACCCUCGCGAUCUCCUGCAACUCCAUGGCGGCGGGAUUGGUGGCCUCGGGAAGCAGGAACACCAAAUCUUGAACGCCGGCGUCGGGUUCAGCGGUCGGCAGAGCGAGUUCACGUGCAAUGCAUCCGGGUCCAGGAAGCGUGCGCGGGAAGAUUCCAUGGCGCUUCCCAUCCUCCACAACCCGGCCCUCUCGCCGCUCAUCCCUAUCCCCGGCGUCCUCCUGCAGAGCCGGUCGCUCGAGUCCGGUGCAACUUCCACCAGCGGUCGACAUGUUCCGUCGUCGCAAGCCGUGUCUCCCGUUCGCGAUCUCGUCUCCCUUCUCCUCCAACAGAACCUGGAAAUCGACGCCCUCGUCCGCGUGCAGAGCGAGAGGUUGCGGACUGGAUUGGAGGAGGCGCGCAAGAGGCAUUGCCGGGCGCUACUCUCGAUGUUGGAGCAGCAGGCGGCGAAGCGCCUGAUGGAGAAGGAAGCCGAGCUGGAGACGGCGAGCCGGCGGAACGCGGAGUUGGAAGAGCACGUGCGGCAGCUGAGCGAAGAGAACCAGAUGUGGUUCACCAUGGCCAAGAACAACGAAGCCAUCGCGUGCGGCCUGCGGACGAGCCUGGAGCAGGCCCUACUCCAGGGCGCCUCCGCUGCCGCCGGCCACGAACGGUGCGGCGACGGAGACGGCGGCGGGGCGGCGUUCCCGGCCGACGACGCGCAGUCGUGCUGCUUCGAGGUGCAAGAGCGGCGCAAGGCCUGCAAGGCGUGCGGGGAACGGGACGUGUGCGUUCUGCUGCUCCCCUGCAGGCACGUUUGCGUAUGCAAGGACUGCGAGUCGAAGACCGACACGUGUCCCGUCUGCGGCUCCACCAAGAACGCGUACCUCCAAGUCUUCAUGUGCUGAUGAAAGCGGCUCGCUCCGGCUUCGUCGUCCCUUGUUUAGGGUUUCGCCGGCCGGCCGGCCGGGUCGAGUGGCGUGGGAUCUGUUAAUAUUGUUACCCUGUUGUUUU